AGCCUUUAUUGUUGGCAUUUUGUUUUCACUCUCCCUCAGCAGCUCGAUGUACUGACUGCACAAAGACUAGCUGAACCAUGGGCAACAGCUCAGUCACCUGGAGACAGAAAGGAGUGCGCAGGACCUGUAUAAUUUAAACACGGCCAGCUCCCGGCUCUACACCCUCCUGACCACCAAACUGAUCAAAUGAGAUGACUUGUACUGAGAUCUUGGCUGCAAAUUCCUCAGAGGUGGAUUUUUGACUGGAAAUUAUUUUGAGGCGUGGGAGUGGGGUCUGGGAACCUACCCCACAAGCACCCAAGGAGGUUUGAGGCUAUUGGAAGACAGACCUGUGAAGAGCAAUUUUAACAAAUCAUUUCAGUAACUAUAAUCUUUGGAGAUCAUGUUGAGGAGACCCUGAAUUAUCACAGUUUUGGGGCAAGAAUCACCUUUAAGAACCCUUCCUUCUCCAGUCUGAUAGCGCAGACCCCUUACUUAUUAACGAACUUGGCGCCACACUGUCCUGGACUGCACUUGAUGCUGUGGUCUCAGCUUCAGCGGUGCUGACUGGAAUCUGUUCUGUGGGAAGAGGGUGGGGGGAGAGGGCUAAGUGGACAUGUUGGCAACACUUCAGUAAAAAGCCUUUCGGCAAAUUGUGUGUCCUAAAUACCAGCCCCCACCCCUUCUGUAAAGAGCACAGGUUCCUCAGAGGUGGGGAGUGGCUAUUGUUGGAUCUGACUGAUGCCACAGUUUGAUAUCUGACAACAGCAGUGGCGUUUAUGGUAUCUCUGCACUUGACAUGGAAUACUUGAAUGAAUAAUGUGCAGAGUUGCUUUUGUGUUUUUCCUUUUCACUUGAUAAACGUGAGGACACAAACCGAGGAACUGUGGGAAAUGGUUAAAGAUCAGCAGUGAGUUUGCCUGAAGAAACAGCGAUACCUCUUCUGGCAGAAUCCAGCAUUAUCAUGGCAAGCAUCAUUCUGUCUCACCCCUGAGGAUAUGUGACAAGACACCGGGUAGGAAUCCUUCCCCAUCACUUACUUCUGUUGUGGCGUCUGGGUCCCUGCCUUUUGGCUCGGAGGUAAAAGGUAAAUCCUCUAUCCACUAAUACACACACCACUGCCCUAGGUGAGUGUCUCCCCCCACCCCACCCACAACUCCUUACCUCAGGGCUGUGAACUGUCAUGGCAGAACACAGUGAGCUCCUGGCAGAGCUGCCACUGGUCGGGAGAAUGACCACGCAGGAACGGCUCAAACAUGCUCACAAACGGCGCGCCCAGCAGCUGAAGAAGUGGGCACAGUUUGAGAAGGACAUGCAAAGCAAAAAGGUGAAGCUCGACAAAAAGAGAAACAAGAGGGGGCUGAAACGGAUCUGGUUUCCUGACAACGUCAGACUGUUGGAGGCAGCGUCUCGGAAUGACAUCGAGGAAGUUCGGCAGUUAUUGGAGGUUGGAAUAGCCCCAGACUUGUAUAAUGAAGAUGGUUUAACUGCACUGCAUCAGCUUCUCUGA